AUGGCUGAUAUUCCAGACUGUAAGGCUCUCAAAAGAAAUGCUAAGACCCCAGAUGGCAAUGAUGAAGAAAUUGAUAGGUUGAGUGCCCUUCCGGAUGAAAUUCUCUGCCACGUCCUGUCAUUCCUUUACAGUACAGAAGAUGCAGCACUGACCUCAGUCCUAUCCACUAGAUGGAGAAACCUUUUUGUUCAACUUCCUGAUGUUUAUCUCAGCAUCAAUACAGCUAGGCCUUUUAUGGGCGAAGAUGCUGAUCCGGAUCUUAUGUUCCCUGAUUUUCUAAACUUCGGCUUUAGACUUAUUCUGCGACGAAAUGGAGCUCCUUUAAGGAAAUUUCGUCUCUUUGUAAGACCCUGUGGUGACAAUUAUCGAUUAGGAAUUCACUCGUUGAUAUCCGCUGCACUUCUGUGCAAGGUCAAAGAACUUGAUAUUUGUCUGAUGGAGGAUGAAACAAGCAGAUUAUCACCACCGUUAAUGUUCACCUGCAAAACACUAGUAAGUUUGAAACUGUGGAAGGCUGUGGAUCUGAUCAUCCCUGACUUAGUUUCUUUACCAAACCUUAAGGUAAUGCACUUGAUAGGCUUCAAAAUGGUAGAUGAAGGUUCUAUUCAGAGGUUUAUUGACUGCUGUCCUUUGCUUGAAGAAUUGAUACUGAAUUUUGAUCAUUUAAGCAACAUGGAUGGAGUUCUUGAUAUUUCUAGUCUUUUACUUAGAAAACUCGAACUGGGAUGCUUGGAAGGUGAGUUUAGUGUUGUUUUGAAGUUGACCCAUCUUGAAUAUCUAGAAUUCGUGGACUACGGAAAUCAUAAAGUUUAUCUAGAUACGCCAAAUGUUAAGUAUUUCAAGUAUACUGGUUAUGCUUCUGAUAUCAGUUUCGUCCGGAAUAUGUCGUCCCUUGUUAGAGCCACGAUAGGGCUAGAGUUUAAUCCAGAAGAAAUAACUGAAAGCAGUUUGUUGGUGCGAAGUCAGCGAGGUUUUGAGCUUAUUAAGGGGUUACAAAGUGUGAAAUCACUUCAUUUAUAUGGGCAGAGUCUGCAGAUGGUCUAUUAUUGUCAACAAUCAUUGCCGACUUUCAGCAAAUUGAAGAGUUUGGAGCUCGAUACCUCUAUUGAUGGUGACUUUGAUCAUGUUCUGUUCUGGAAAGUGGUACCAAGCUUACUGGAAAUUGCUCCUAACCUUGAAGUGCUCAUCUUUCCUUUUGUGUAUAGGUACGAGCUAUAUGUAGAAGAAUUUAGCUGCUUUUGGCCAAAGACUAUUCCAGCAUCCUUCAUACAACAUCUCAAGGAGAUAGAAAUCGAACGUUUCAGGGGGCAGGAAGAUCAGUUCAAGCUAGUUGAGCACCUUUUGGAGAAUGGAAAAUCUUUAAAGAAGAUGACUGUUGGUGUUGUUAUAAAGCCUUGGUUGUCUUGGUCAGAAGAGUGCAACAGGAUAUUGUCAUUCCGAAAAUGUUCCAAGGAUUGCCAGGUUGUAUUUGUUAGGACAUAUGAUUGGGACUGA